CCGCAGCUCAGGAGCGAGCGAGCCACGAGCGGAGGCAGAGCGUGGCCGUCCCGUCGCGCGCGAUGCUGCCCUGGACGGUGCUCGGCCUGGCCCUGAGCCUGCGGCUGGCGCGGAGCGGCGCGGAGCGUGGCCCCCCGGCAUCUGCCCCCCAGGGGGACCUGCUGUUUCUGUUGGACAGCUCGGCCAGCGUAUCUCAUUAUGAGUUUUCCCGAGUUCGGGAGUUUUUGGGGCGGCUGGCGGCCCUGCUGCCCCUGGACCCUGGGGCCCUGCGUGCCAGCCUGGUGCACGUGGGCAGUCGGCCGCACACCGAGUUCCGCUUCGGCCAGCACAGCUCAGGCUCGGCUGUCCAGGACGCCAUACGCGCUGCAGCCCAGCGCAUGGGUGACACCAACACUGGCCUGGCGUUGGCAUACGCCAAGGAGCAGCUGUUUGCCAAGGCGGCGGGGGCCCGGCCAGGGGUGCCCAAGGUGCUGGUGUGGGUGACAGACGGCGGCUCCAGCGACCCCGUGGGGCCCCCCAUGCAGGAGCUGAAGGACCUGGGCGUCACCGUCUUCAUCGUCAGCACCGGCCGCGGCAACCUCCUGGAGCUGUCGGCCGCCGCCUCGGCCCCUGCUGAGAAGCACCUGCACUUUGUGGAUGUGGAUGACCUGCACAUCAUCACCCAGGCGUUGAGGGGCUCCAUUCUUGACGCGAUGUGGCCGCAGCAGCUCCGUGCCUCCGAGGUCACGUCCAGCGGCUUCCGUCUGGCCUGGCCACCCCUACUGACCGCCGACUCGGGCUACUACCUGUUGGAGCUGGCGCCCAGCGCCGAGCCGGGGACGGCGCGCCGCCAGCAGCUGCCAGGGAACGCCACGGGCUGGGCCUGGGCCGGCCUGGACCCUGACACGGACUACGACGUGGCGCUGGUUCCGGAGUCCAACGUGCGGCUCCUGAGGCCACAGCACCUGCGGGUGCGCACUCUGCCGGGUGAGGCGGGACGCGGGGCCGGGUGGGCUAGGGGUGCGGGCGCGGCCGGGCAGGGCGCGGGGUCGGACGGCGCGGCCCCCUCCCAGCUCACAGGCGCUUCCCCCGCAGAGGAGACCGGGCCAGAGCGCAUCGUCGUUUCGCACGCCAGGCCGCGCAGUCUGCGCGUGAGCUGGGCCCCGGCCCUGGGCCCGGCCGCCGCGCUCGGCUACCACGUGCAGGUCGGGCCCCUGCGGGGUGGCGCGGCGCAGCUCGUGGAGGUGCCCGCGGGCCGGAACAGCACCACGCUGCAGGGCCUGGCGCCAGGCACCGCCUACCUGGUGACCGUGACGGCGGCUUUCCGCUCCGGCCGCGAGAGGGCGCUGUCGGCCAAGGCCUGCACUCCCGACGGCGAGCGUAGCCGCGCCCCGCGCCCCCAGUCGCCGGGCGCCGGGGGCCGGGAGCCGUGAACCGGCCGCGCCCGCGCACCCGAGGGCGCCCUUCUCCCGAGCUCGGUGGGUCUUGACCCGGGGGUGGGAUGCUGGCGGGCCUUUGGCCCGCGGGACUCCCGGCAAGAGGGCGCCCUGCUCCGGCGUCCGCCCUCCAGGACGCGGCCUCGCCUGACCCUCCGCGGCAGCUCUGGCAGCGGCGCGUGCCCUCGCGACUCCCUCCCCUGCCCGGCCCAGAGCUUGGGCAGGAUUUAGCGGGGAGAUGGACAAGGAGUCGGGGUCCUGCUGAGAACGUGAGACCCGAGAUGGCUCUGGGCCCAGGACCACAGGGCGCCUGGGCGGCCGGACCUUACACUUGUAUUAAGGGCCACACCCUCUGGUGGCAAAGGCUAGCAUUUGUUUGAAGGAGUUUGGUCUCCGUGGCAGCCCUGAGUCCCCUCCAGCCACUCAGAUCCUGGGUGGGAAAGGAAGGAGGUGGCUCUGGCCAGGUCCCCAGAGGCUUCCUGGAGGGAGCAGGGUCUGGGAAAGGGGAGGGGAAGUGCUGCGAGUUGAUCAUGUGGUCAGCAGCUGGGGGCCUGGAGGGACAGUCUUCACCGGCAUGCUCAGCCGGCUUGGGGGAAGUGCUUGCUGGGAACAGUGGCCCUUCCUGCCUACCCAGGACCCCACUGGGCCCAGCCACAGCCACCGGGACGCAGAUGGCACCUUUUGGGAGGAAUGGGACAGGAGCUUGGCAUUUGGGACCCUGGAGACAGGCGAGCUUGUUCCUGUGGGACCCCAAAUCUGGCACUUGCAGGGAGCUUUCCCUGCUUAUGGCUGGAGGGCCUCCAGGCAGGGGCAGGGACAAGCAAGGUUCCCCUGGGUGCUGUACUCUAGCCGUUCUCUGCAGUGUCUUCUGACCCCACCCCCUGUCACUCCUUACUAUCCUGGGGCCACCAGGCAAGUCCCAAGGGCAGGCAGUGCUGCUCUCCCUCAGCCCCACCAGGCACCUCCUCCUCUGCCCGCGCUGACUCAGUGCUCACUUUGCCUCUUCCCUACUAAUGCCCCAGACUUUAAAAUACAGUAAAAUCAGAUGUAAAC